CUUCAUACUAGGAGAAGGAAAAAUACCAGCAACAUAACACAGUCACAACGCAAAGGUCUUUUUUCUCUUGAAUAUUGUGAUGAUGGGUCAGCACAAAAACGUCGACGGCGAGUGGUGCUACUGAGUGAAAUUCACUGGAAACUGGAAAUCCGGAAUUUUCGGCUAGCCGCGGACAUUGUUUGCCGUUGUUCAUUCGUGAUUAGUUAGCAGCAGGAGUGGUUCGUGCUAGUGCCGCAGGGGAGGAGUACUUUUGUCACCCCGUCAUUAUUUCACGCAGAUAGUCUUGAGCUUAUCGCUGCUUUAACCCGCUCGCUGUCAGUGCACAUCCGUUUGCAUCGGGUCGGAUUUAGGUUUUUUCAUCCAAAAAAACAAAAAACAGCAGCGGAUGGCACGUCAGGAAGGAGCGGGUUCUUCGCGCACCGGCAGCGGGAGCUGGCCGCGCGAUUACGGCGCCAUCAGCACCACUGGCAUCGCCAGUAUGCCACCGGACGAUAACAAUUCUGGCGGUUUUAGCCCGACGGAAUUCAUCUCACUGAGUGAGUCCAUUGCGAGUAACUCGAAAACCGUCAAGCAGAGCUGGCUGUCUUUGGAUAAGUUAGCUAAAUGCAUUGGUACCACGAAGGAUAACGCGGCGCUGAGGGAAAAUGUACAUAGCGUACAGACAACAACAAAUAAAAUGAUUGCCACGACCAGCAAAGACUUGAAGCGGCUAAAAGUGGUUGUACAAAGGGGCGACAAGGCGCAGAAACUGAUGGUCCAAAGGCUAACCACGGAAUUUAGCCAGAUAGUACGAAUGUACAGUCAAAGCCAACAGAUCGUCGCAUCAAAGCUGAAGCAGAUUCUGAUCGUUAACCCCUCCCAGCCAGAUGAGUUUAAUUCAUCUGGUUCUGGUGACGGCAGCAACGUUACCGAGGAACAGCUUCUCCUGAAACAACAGCAGCAGCUACAUCAAGAUCUUCAGUUCGAAAAUGACCUGUGGCUCGAACGCGAUGCGAAAAUUCGCGCAAUCGAAGCCGAUGUGUUAGAUGUACAGAGGAUCAUGACGGAGCUUGCCGGUAUCGCCAACCAACAGGGAGAUGUUCUUGAUACCAUCGAGAACACUAUCGAAAACACGGUGGGAAAUGUAGAGUCUGGGACGUCUGAACUGGUCAAAGCGGCCCAGUAUCAGAACCGAUACCGCCGCAAGGUUAUCAUUCUGCUGAUAAUCGCUGUGAUACUGGGAGUGAUUGUCACCGGUAUAAUUGUUUCCAGGCUGAAAAACUAAAAAAUCCGCAUCCUAAAACAUAUUGUUGUUAGCUGCGGAACGGGCUUGUUUAAUUACUAGUUUAGUCUUAGGAUAAAUCGGUUUACAGGACGUGUAUUUUAGCACCUGUAUUUUCCAAUUGUAAGUUUAUGUUUCAUUAUUCUCAUUCAUAAAUUAUUUUAUAAAUUUUGAGUCGGUAGUAUAAGUUUACUGUUGUAUUAAUCCACUUGCGAAGAAAAUAUUUCUAGGAAAUAAAUUUUUUCUAUUCUUAAUCUAUCAUACAUUGGCUUAGAAAUAUUCAAAACGGUAACUUUAAAUUUUCAUCUAUGAUAUUUUCACAACGUUGAACUCAUAUCUGUUCGGCUUUAUCGUUAUAUUCCUACAUUACGAUAGAAAUAUUAUACGAAUAUAACAUACAACAUUCGAUACAUAUUUGCUUAGCUUACUACCUGUGUACAUUCAUACAUUCAGUAAGAAGAGUAAUGGGAAUAGUAAUGUUGGCAAUCAAAAUCACACAUUCAAUCGAAAGUAAUGUUUAGUGUUUAAAAAAAAACUGCAAAGUUUAUGAUUAUACAAUAAAGAUAUC